AUGGCGGAUUAGUAUGUGUGUGCAUGGGUUCCGCUACUUGCCAUCCGUCGUCGAUAAAUGUAAGCUAAUUUCUCCCAGCAAACGACAUAUUUUCAAACAGGUACGUUGUUACAAGGUCAAAAUGUUUCGCCGGUCAAGAUUUAGUAUUCGGCCUAAUGUUGUUACAGCAGGGAGAACAGCAGCAGCGCCUCAGGAAGCCCCUUCAACAAAUCAGGAGGCCAGUGAGACCCCCAAAGAUGUCAGUGAGAGCAGCACUACUACUACUACUACUACUACUACUCCUGUUGUGACAGAUAACAAGUCUGUUGUGACCCCAUCAGAAAAACCUGCACCCCCAGGGGAUGGUACUGAACAAAAUGGAGAAGGUACCAGCUCCUCAGCAGCAGUCCAGAGAAGAAAGCGGUUUUCCAUUAAGCCUAAAGUGGCCCCAGGUCGCCCCACCACCCUUGCUCGGGCUCCAAAAUCCCCUGUCAAGGCAGUCUCUGAAACUCCUAUUGAAAUCCAUGUCUCAGACCUCGACAAACCAACUCCACCCAAACUAGUCCACCAAACUUUGACUACAGCACCCCCUCAGAGACUCCUGUCCCCAAGGCGACGGAGGCCUUCAGAAGAGAGCAAGCAACCCAAAACGCAACCUAAACCCAUCAUCCCCCCUUCUGACAGUUCAGAACCUUCAGCUGUUCCUACCAAGGACUUUCUAGAGCAAAUCCAUCUGCCGACAGACAGUGGCCAAGAAUUGGAAAGCAAUUCAGGCAGUCAAGUUGAAGAAGUUCCUUCAAGACUACAGAAUAAAGUCCCCCCCUCUCUCCCAGACAAAGAAGCUAUUGCGAUAUCGGAGAAAGCCAAGAAUCUAGUGUCAUCUAAGACUGGGCUUACACUGUCACAACCAGCGUUCUCCUUGAGUAGACUCCUGAAUGACCCAUCAGACUUACAAAGGAUUGCAAAGGCCCAAAAACUCAGAGAGUUGCUUAAACAGGAGAUGCACAAAGAAAAGAAAAUCAAGAGAGCUAAGGCACGUGUAAAGGAAUAUACCCUAGAUCCGGCCAAAAUGACCAUGAGGGACCUUAUCCGUUAUCUACCGCUGUCUAACCCCAUGACAUCUAGUUUAGAAGAUGCAACUCAAGAGAAUGAGAUGGUGGUCCCAACUUCUCCAGUAAGAGAAGAUUCCCCAGCGAGAGCACAGGAACCUGUGGUCCUCCCUAAAAUAGCAAGCCCGAGGGAGGAAGCAGAGGAAGAGGCAGAGGAAGAGGCAGCUGCAGAUGCAGAGGAAGAAGAAGAGCAGGAUGACGCCAUAAUGGUUCCUCAGGUCAAAGUAGCAGAAGAUGGCACACUGAUCAUUGAUGAAGAAAGCUUGACAGUGGAAGUCCAGCGAGCCAAAGGGCCAAACCCAGCACAGGAUCGAGACCCCAUCUUUGAACGUGGCUCCACUACAACUUACUCGAGCUUCAGGAAAGGGACAUAUUCAAAGCCCUGGUCCAGUGAAGAGACAGACAUGUUUUUCUUGGCAAUUAGCAUGGUGGGGACAGACUUUUCCAUGAUUUGUCAACUGUUUCCCCUCAGAGCUCGAUCAGAGAUAAAGAACAAAUUUAAAAAAGAAGAGCGAGAGAAUGCCUGGAGAAUUGAUAAAGCUUUCAGAGAAAGGCGCAAACUGGACAUUGAGUAUUUUUCUAAGCUGCUAGAGAAGAUUCUGGAAGUGCAAAAAACCCGGAAAAAACUAAAGUCACUCGCUGUGAAGAAAUCUCCUAAGAAGAAAGAAAAUAAAAAGACAAAAGACAAAAAAGCUUCAAGGAAGCUAAGUGUCGUGGAGGAGGGAGAUGAGGAAGAGCAGAAUGAAAUUUCUGACUUAGAGGAGGAGGGAGAGAAAGAGAAUGAGGACCUCGGUAAUGAGGGAGGAACCACCGCUGCUAAACCUCAGAAGAAACGUAAAAGAAAGAAUAAACAGGAUGCUUCAACUAAGGAACCAAAUGACAAGAAAAACAAAACGAGUGAAAAUGAACACGAUGAGGCCUACAUACCAGGAGACACUGAGGCAGCACUUCCUGAGGACUGUCUACAAUCAGACACGUCUGAAAAGACUGACGGUGUGAAUGAGUCUAAGGACAACACCAUCAAGCCAGCUAAACUCUCUCGAGGCAGGGCACCAAAACCACUACUACCUUUGGGCCGGAAAUGGGGUAAGAAGCCUCCACCACCCUCCACAAAGACCAAUGAUGCGGCAUCAGAUAAAGAGGAUGAGAGUGAGAUUGAUGGGGCCUCUGAAGAGCAGGUAAAUAAAGAUCCAUUACCCUUAAAGCAAGCCUCUAAGACCAAGUCAGCCAGUGAUGACAUUUCGUCUGGUGAGGAGGAUGUCACCGUUCAACUGCCGAGACCUACCAGGUACGGGAGAGUGCCUAAACCCACGAAGCCCUUGAAUUACCCUGGGAAAGAGGCUACACACUCGUCUGAAACCCCUCCUGCCUCACCAGCUGGGUCCACUGCUCCUGCCAGGCCUAAACCCAAAUCCACAGCUAAGAGGGGAAGCUCAUCAAAGCUACAAUCAGCCCAAGAGUCUAAAAAGCCUAAACUAGUCACCCUCAGGGCUUCUCGGUCAGAAUACAGCGAUGAAGAGGAUGAAAACCAGAGAGAAGAGGAAGAGGUCGAGGAGGAGCACCCUGAAUGUAGCUCCAUUAAUGACAGCACUGCCCCUGCAUUUGUACCCGCCAGCCUUCGCUCCCCACAUCCUGUGAUUUCGGAGGUAGAAGAGACAAUGGAGGAGCUUGAUAUCUUGGCCAAUAUGCCUGAUGUGUUGGGCAUCUCCCAAGAUGUACUGUACCCUGAUGCCUUUUGCGAGCGGGCACAGAAUGAGAUAGGCACAGCUGAAACCUGUGAACAUCAGCUGGAUCUGCUUAUUGAUGUUAUCGACUACCUUUCUAUAGAAAACACUGAAGUAUCUGAGGACAAGAGCUACAACGAGGCUGCUCAAACCCUGUUGACCAUUGGCAACAUGGCUCACCUUUCUCAGAAUCAAGAUGACAAAAAAGGGACAACAGCAGUCAGUGUGAAUGAAACCAGCCAACACCUGGAAGAAGAGAUGGCCUGCUGCUCAAAGCCUGCUGCACACGAUGAAAACAGUGCAACUCUUAUGUCUGCAACUUCUGUUCCUGGAGGCCCAGAAACUGUUACCACUGUGGAGCUACAAAACCGCACAACAGACACUGAUGCCAUCCCUGUUAAUAAAUCCAGUGAUCAGAGGCCAGGUUCUUAUAUGGACCCUACCCCUCAAAUGGACUUAAGUCAGGAGAGCUCAAAGACAAAUUCUCCACAGACCAGAACAGGACGCUUAACCAAGGUCAAACCAAAACCUAACCCUGGCCAAUCCUCAAGGACUGUUCAGUCAAAAUCCCAACCAGAGACUUCAAUAGAAAGGAAACCUGAAGAGAGCCACACAGUAGCUCCUGACUUUUUUCAAGCCACUGAGAUACUAUCAGGUGCAGAGGAAAUCCCUAAAAUAGCAGACUGUAGUAAAAAUAUGUUAAAUGUUGAAAAUUCUCAUAUUGAAGUCAAACAUACAGAAAAGCCAUUUGGCAAUCAAAAGAGGUCUGUUGGUCAUGUAAAAUCUGGUGCAGCGAAAUCAGAUCAAGGUGCCUCAGAGAACCAUAGUCACAACCUUUCUGAAGUCCAGCUUGAACCCAAUUUGGGACAGGCCACCAGAGAAUUCAGGUCAACAUCUGCAUCUACAGAUGAAGUACUGAUUGCUCAUGUUGGAACAAAUGAGAGUAGCUGUAAUAAUCAGGUGACAUCCAACUCAGCAGUCACAGAAUCCCAGAUUGGACAAGUGUCAAACAUAGUCUCUGCACCAGUCCAAGCAAGCAUUGACUAUCCUGCUUCAUAUGUUACACCUGUAGAAGAGUUACCUGUCAGUCAGAAAGAAGAUAGACAAGUUGCAUCUACUAGCCAGACCAAAAAACGUCUAUUCCAGAAAGUAAAACCCAAUCUCAACCUAGCACAGACUUCAAGGGCCGUACGUUCUAAACCUCAAAUAACAAAAGGCAUCGCCGAGAAAGACUCCAGCCCAACUCCAAAAAUAAUGGCAAAGAAUCAAGCAGAGCCAACUUGCAUCACCUCUCCUGAAAAACCAACUCAAAGUCCCUGUACUGCUUCCGAUUUGAAACAAUUGUUGGAUUUAGGGACUACUUUUAUACCCACAGAGGAACUGUCUACAAGUGAUGCAAAAAAGAGUGACGCUGGAGUUGUUGGUCAGUUAGAAUCGGGUGCAACAACAUCACAUCAGAGUGCCUCAGAAAACCCAAACCUUUUUAAAGCCCAUUUUGAACCCAGUAAGAAACAGGCCACCAGAGAUUCAACGCAAACAUUGGAGUCGAAAGAUGAAAAACAUAUGUGUCAUUUUGGGACAACUGAGAGUAGCUGCAAUAAUCCGCUGACAUCCGACUCAGGAGUCACAGAAUCACAAGUUGGACAAGGGUUAAACAUAAUUUCUGCCCCUGACCAAGAGAGCAGGGACCAUGCUGCUCCAUGUGUUACACCUGUAGAAGAGUUACCUGUCAGUCAGAAAGAAAAGAGUAAAGUCGAAUCUACUUGCCAGACUACAAGAGGCCUAUUACAAAAAGUCAAACCAGUUGUAUCACAGACAUCAAGAACUGUGCGGUCCAAGGCUCAAACCACCAAAGACCCUUUCACUCUCUUGCAACUUGUGGAGAUACGCUCGAGCCCUACUUUAUCAUCUGAAUCAACUGACAACACAAAAGCGGAGGUAGAAGUGGAACAACCUUGCAGUCCCACCCCUCCUGAAAAACCAAGCCAGCUAAAAAAUAGUGUUUCCCUUUUAGUGUCAGUACCAUCAUUAGAAUCAUGUUCCACUCAUAAAAGCACAGAGGAAUUAUGUUCAACUGAGGAGCAAAAGAUAGAUGUUGGAUGCAGACAAGACUCAAAGUCAGAGGGCUCCGAACAAAAUGUUCCUCAAAGAAGGAGACACUUUCCAAAGGUCAAACACAGACCCAAUUUAGGAUCCUGUUCUCGAGCUACGUUCACAAAACCGCUGUUAAAAGAUGUCAGUAAACCCUCAGAACAGUGUCAUAUGGACACUUCUUUAACCUUUGAACAACAGCUUGAGGACAAGAACAAUGCACAAACAGAACUGGAACUCACAGAGACAGACAGCCAGACAUCAACACAUUGUUCAUUACAUAUAGAAUCUCUCAGCUCCACAAUGUUAAGACCUGCCGAGUCAGAGAAGUCAAUAGACAGCACAACCCCCUCUGAUAAUGUUGUCAUAGCAACAUCUUGGAUUGCUGAGAAUCAGUGUGUGUUGACAGACUCAGUACUGACUCAAAGUAGUGAAAAAGCCACAGUUGAAGUGGAAUCCACAGGGGACAAAACGUCAAAUAGCGUGGUGGUCGGACCUGCUUCACAUCGGGACUGCAAACAGGGCAUGUCCAUUAGAGCUACAAAUACCCAACCAACCGAUGAUCCAGCUGCCGUUACAGCUGUCCAUACUUCGGGAGAUGGUUUAACAGAGUCAAAAAUUGAAUUUAAACCCCUGACUAACACACAGUCCUCAUCGGGUCCAAAAAUAACCACUCAGCAGCCACGUUCACAGAAUGUCUCUGAGCCUCAAAGUCAAGAUGCUGUCCAACAUUGUUCUGAAUCUAAUCAAACAGCUGCUCAAAGGAUUGAUGAUAAUCAAUCAGUGCCAACUGACUGUCCCUCAAGAAAAGCUCCCCAGACUUGUAGAGGCCGACUUAUUAAACCAAAACCCAACCUAGGACGCAGCAGCCGACCUCCACAACUUCAACAAAUCCAGAAAACAAAACAAGCAGAAACAGAUUUUGGUACUUGCUCAGAGGAUGUGGAUGCUUUGUUUUGCCACAAACUUGUGUCUGAACUUCAACCUGACAUCCAGGAACCAGUAGAGGGAGCUAUUGAACAGUGUAGUAACCAAAAUACCUCGCCAAGUGAUGCUGGGUCUUUGCUGGGCUUGACACAAGUUAUUGAACAACGGAGUCAGCAUGACCCCCCUCCAAAUGUUGCUGGAUCCUCUCUGGGUUGUGUGACACAGCUACUAGACAGGUUUACUCAGGAUGCAUCAACAUCAAGUACAGGAGGGACUAAAAGUCAUCCAAGUCUCAAUACAGUAUUUCCAGACAUGCUGUUGCAGCAGAAGCCUUUUGAUGCAGAUGAACCAUUCUUCAUCCUCUCUCUGACUGAGAUCCCAGUCUGCUCAUUAGGGGAGGCUGUGGACAGUGUGCCUGAGUCCCUCCCUUAUCUUCCUGUAACAGAUGUGUCAGUAGAGCAACAGAGUGUUUCUGGAGAGAGUUUGGCAGCAGCUGGCAACGGGCUCCUGUCUAAUGUGGCUGUGUUCAUGGAGGAGAGUGGAGAGACAGGCCUCAUCAAUACAAUAGAUAUUGGGCCUGACCCAGCUCCAAAUAUAGGUUUGAUCAUGGAGAAUCCAGUGGAUCCACAUGAUAAUAUUACAGUCCAUGCAUCUGAAUUACCAGAGACUGUAGAGAAUAAUGAUGGGACUGAAAUGCCCCCCGCAAAGCAGAGACUAAUGGAAACUUGUAAAAGAAGAGCCAAACUGCAGGUUAAGCCCAAUACAACCAAGAGGAAACAAGCCAGCAAGACCCUCACUGCCAAGGAAGCAGAGUCGAUCCCCAUUCACCCAAAACCCACUGGGUACUCAGGGCCUCCUGGGCCUUCUGUGCAGCCAAAAGUCUUUGAUGACGAUGUCACUGAGCCACAGAAAGGAAGUGAUGAUCAUUUGGAUGGUGAAAAGGUGACUCUGAGGAGUGGUGAAGACCCUGAGGAUAGCAGCUCAGGAGCACAAACCACAAAGAGUAGGCGGGCUAGUAGUCGGAAGAGAAAAGCCAAAGGCUCCCUCUCCUUGCCUUCUGAGACGAACAACCCUGCCCCUGCAACCAAUUCCCCACCUGGCAAAGAGGGUCCCAAGGGCCGUAAGGUCAAAACUCCACGUGCAGCAAGAAAACCAUCUACCCCAGCCCCUGCUGUCUCAACAUCGUAUGAUGUCACUCCCACGUUCAAUCCGACACAGCUGACCCCGGACACCCACUUAACAUCUUCUACCACGUCACCAGCACAAACCGAGGUGGACGCUGACCAGACGUGUGAGCACAGCCCGCUAUGCUCAGACACAACUCCUAGCACUUCUCUGUGUCCUGCUGAGGUAAGGAAGGUCUCAGCUUCUCAGCAAAGUGUGGAGAGCAGUUCUAUGGAGGAGGAGCCCAACUGUGUGUCUCAGUACUUCUUAAGUGAUAUUUUUACAGAAGUGACUGCAGAGAAAAAUGAUGAGACUGAAAUUUCCCCUGCAGCGCAGACAGAAAUGGACACUCAUAGAAGAGCACCAGCCAAACUGCAGGUUAAGCCCAAUACUACCAAGAGGAAACAAGCCAGCAAGACCCUCACUGCCAAGGAAGCAGAGUCAAUCCCCAUUCACCCAAAACCCGCUGGGCACUCAAGGCUUCCUGGGUCUUCUGUGCAGCCAAAAGACGUGGAUGAUGAUGUCACUGAGCCACAGAAAGGAAGUGAUGAUCAUAUGGAUGUUGAAAAGGAGACUCUGACUGGUGGUAAGGACCCUGAGGAUAGCAGCUCAGGAGCACAAACCACAAGAACUAGGCGGGCUAGUAGUCGGAAUAGAAAAACCAAAGGCUCCCUCUCCUUGCCUUCUGGAAUGAACAACGCUGCCCCCGCAAGCGAUUCCCCACCUGGCAAAGAGGUUCCCAAGGGCCGUAAGGUCAAAACUCCACGUGCAGCAAGAAAACCAUCUACCCCAGCACCUGCUGUCUCAAAAUCUUAUGAUGUCACUCCCACAUUCAGUCCGACACAGCUGACCCAGGAAGCCCACUCAACAUCCUCCACCACAUCACCAACGCAAACAGAGGUGGACGCUGACCACACUUGUGAGCACAGCCCGCUACGCUCAGACACAACUCCUAGCACUUCUCUGUGCCCUGCUGAGGUAAGGAAGGUCUCAGCUUCUCAGCAAAGUGUGGAGAGCAGUUCUAUGGAGGAGGAGCCCACCUGUGUGUCUCAGUACUUCUUAAGUGAUAUUUUUACAGAAGUGACUGCAGAGAAAAAUGAUGAGACUGAAAUUCCCCCUGCACCGCAGACAGAAAUGGACACUCAUAGAAGAGCCAAACUGCAGGUUAAGCCCAAUACUACCAAGAGGAAACAAGCCAGCAAGACCCUCACUGCCAAGGAAGCAGAGUCAAUCCCCAUUCACCCAAAACCCACUGAAUACUCAAGGCUUCUUGGGCCUUCUGUGCAGCCAAGAGACUUGGAUGACGAUGUCACUGAGCCACAGAAAGGAAGUGAUGAUCAUAUGGAUGUUGAAAAGGAGACUCUGACGGGUGGUAAGGACCCUGAGGAUAGCGGCUCAGGAGCACAAACUACACGGACCAGUAGUCGGAAUGGAAAAGCCAAAGGCUCCCUCUCCUUGCCUUCUGAGACAAGCAACGCUGCCCCUGUAAGCAAUUCCCCACCUGGCAAAGAGGGUCCCAAGGGCCGUAAGGUCAAAACUCCACGUGCAGCAAGAAAACCAUCUACCCCAGCACCUUCUGUCUCAACAUCGUUUGAUGUCACUCCCACAUUCAAUCCGAGGCAGCCGACCCUGGAAGCCCACUUAACAUCUUCUACCACGUCACCAGCACAAACCGAGGUGGACGCUGACCAGACGUGUGAGCACAGCCCACUAUGCUCAGACACAACUCCUAGCACUUCUCUGUGUCCUGCUGAGGUAAGGAGGGUCUCAGCUUCUCAGCAAAGUGUGGAGAGCAGUUCUAUGGAGGAGGAGCCCACCUGUGUGUCUCAGUACUUCUUAAGUGAUAUUUUUACAGAAGUGGAAGAGGGUUGAAAGCUUUACAUAGGUCAAGGGAGAGGGUGAACUUGUGGAUGGCUUGCCAAUUUUUAUUAUUUGUUGUGUAAAGCUAUGUCUGUAAAGGUUAAUUUAUAACUAAAAUUAUUUUUUGUUUGUUUUUGCUGUCAUUUGUGAAUUAUUAAGUCAUUUAUAUCAUUAAGUGAAGCUAAAUUGAUUAUACUUUUUACAAGCACUUUGAAUUUGUCCAGUAGUUUCAAUUUCUUUCAUUUUUUAAGCCAAUAAUUCAAAUAAAUAUUAAACUGUACACAUCAAUAACCAAAACACUGCUAAAUUACAGGUUUGAUUCAGCAAGGGUGUGGCAUUUCCCUAAUUAUUUAUUAUUUUUCAAGCCUUAGAUUCCCCAAUUUGGUUAUUUAUUAACUGUGACAAUGUAAAUAUUGUACAAUAGCAAAAUAUGUUUUCUUUUCCAAAUCUGAUCUGUUUUAAUACAGACCACAACAUUGGUCUUGGGAAGAAA